UGAGUGAGGUUAUGUGCACUAUGUUUUGAUGUUGUGAACUUGUGAAAAUCACAGAAAAUGCCUGAUCCCAAGGCUUCGAAGGCCUCAAUUGGCCUCCCAAAGGCAUCAAAUCUCGAGUGCAAGGAUCUGUAUGAGUAUUUGCAAACGAGAUCACCGGAGGUACUGGAGAAACUCUACAAUUACGCCACGAUUUGCUUGGCUGUUUACAGGGAACUGCCAGAGAUUGGCCGGCAGUUUGUCAUAAGGAUUCUGUUUGUGGAACAGCCGGUGCCACAAGCAGUGGUGUCUUCGUGGGGUUCUCAGUUGCACGCCAAAGAACACACUUCUGCCAUUGGGAUCCUCUCGGAUCUGGGCGUGUGGCGAGCAGCUGCAAUCCCUGGAGGACUGCCGGCAUGGGAAUUGUGUCCCACGUACAAGAAAAACCUAAAAAUCGCACUUCUGGGCGGCGGUAAGCCCUGGUCAAUGUCGAACUCUCUGGAAUCAGACUCAAAGGCGAGGGAUGUGGCUUUCCUGGACAACUACGCCAUGUCCCGCUGGCGGUGUGUCUUGCACUACAUGGUGGGCGCGUGCAACACCAAAGCACCAGACGGCGAGGCGAUCUCACCGGACGCCGUGCGCAUCCUUCUGCACGCGAAUCUGAUGAAGCGCGAGGACGACGGCAGUUGUGUGAUCACAAAGCAGGGCUUCCAGUUUUUGCUGCUGGACACACAGGCGCAGGUGUGGCACUUUAUGCUCCAGUAUCUGGACACGUGCCACCAGCGUGGCCUGGAUCUCGGCGAGUGUCUAUCGAUGCUCUUCCAGCUCAGCUUCUCCACGCUCGGCCGGGAUUACAGCUCUGAGGGUCUUAGUCCGGGCAUGCUCACCUUCCUGCAGCACCUGCGCGAGUUUGGCCUGGUGUACCAGCGCAAGCGCAAGGCCGGCCGCUUCUAUCCCACGCGACUGGCGCUCAACAUCACCAACAAAGACGCCGUGCCGAUUGUGGCCACCGAGGAGGACGCCCAGGCGUCGCCGGGCAAGCGUCACAUCGUCAUCGAGACGAACUAUCGCGUGUACGCGUACACGGACUCCAAUUUGCUGGUGGCGCUGCUCGGGUUGUUCACGGAGCUCCUCUAUCGCUUCCCUAACUUGACUGUGGGCGUGCUCACGCGUGACUCCGUGCGCUCCGCGCUGCGCGGCGGCAUAACGGCGGAGCAGAUCAUCAGCUACUUAGAGCAGCACGCGCAUUCGGCUAUGCUGAGUGCCGCGAACGCCAAUGUCGGUUACCGCCACAGAUCCUGCCUGCCGCCCACGAUUGUGGACCAGAUCAAGCUGUGGGAGAACGAGCGCAACCGCUUCGUAUACACGGAGGGCGUCGUGUACAAUCAGUUCCUCUCGCAGGCGGACUUCAUAACACUUCGCGACUACGCGCAGUCCAUCAGCGUACUCGUGUGGCAGAACGAACGCACGCGAACGAUGGUGGUCACGAAGUCCGGUCACGACGAUGUUAAGAAAUUCUGGAAGAGGUACUCAAAGGGCACCACUUGAGUGUUAAUUGGGGGAAUAAAAGAGCAACGAAA